AUGUACACAACAUCACAGUUCUUAUGCAGGGCAGACAGAAGUUCAAGAGUUUGCACAAAACUGACUGUCGACAAUCUUUAACACAGUGAUCAGAAAGUAGAAGGGGACAGAGGACAAAGCCCAGAGGGAAGCCACAUAUUCCCUAAGAAAAACCCUUCCUCACCAUGGCUGUUUCCACAACAACGAAAAAUCUGAUGGUGCCUUUGGUGGUUGUGGCGUUUUUGUCUCCAUGUCUUGGCAUGAGCAACGAAGUGGAUUAUGGGAACUGGAACUACAGAGAGGGAGCGGAGAAUGUGAACGUGGCCAACAUACGCAGCGUGACUCGAGUGUUGGACGCCUGGGGCAAACGCAUAUUCAAAGAUAUCAAGACCCUUUUACACUCACAGCCCAAUGCCCUUCUGCCAGACUAUUCCAGGGUUCGUCCUCUCUCGGAGUCUCUGAAUGAUCUCUUCAGGGAGGUUUCACAUUUACAGAAGCGCAUCACAGACCUUAAUAAUCGCCUCUCAACCCUGGAGCCCUUCCUCCGCCAGCACGGGUACAGGGAGGAGGGGGAGGAUGGAGAAGACGGCAGGGGCCCGGAGAGCGCGAGGGCCGGGCCGAGUCAAGCGAAGUUUCCGCGGCGGUACACGGUGCGAGUGGUCCGUCCUGUGACCCGGGCGCUGAGAAGCAGACGGGUGAAAGUGAUCCAAAACGAAAGCAGAACGGUCAAAUCGAGUGAGAGGUAGAUGGAGAGAUGGAAGAUUUGCAAAUAUUAUCCUCAGAUAGUAAUGUUGUUAUUAUUCAUACAGGAUUAUAUUUGGAUUGGAAAUUUAAUCUUUAUAUUAGACGUGUUCGUAUAGGCUAUCUACUUUUGGUCCUCAUGCUCGGGCCUCACAAGUGCGAUUAAAGUUCCCCGGCAGAAUAAAAUAAUGUUGGUUAUGUUUAAUUUAAUUUCUGUGGGGAUUCUUUAAUGAAAUACAGUAGCCUAUGUGUAUCCAGAAC